CGAACGAGGGAAGGCCUCGCGCGCCGAACCGCCCAGGACGCCGCGGACCACGCGAGCCACGUGCUUGGCGCCGGCAGUGUCAACAGAAGGCCGUGCCACUGGAUACCGACGACACCGGCCAUGUGUAGUGCAGUGAAGUGACGAAUCGACGAAAUCGUGCGCGCGUGUCAGUGUAUUUGUGCGUUUGUGUGUUUGUGUGCGUGUGUGUGUGUGUGCGAGGCUUCUGGAUGACCAGAGGCACGCCGAGAAGCCCGCCCACCUAUGUUGCAGCAGCAGCCUGCUGCAGCGGCUUGGACUGCUGCUGAGGGCCUGCCUGUCGACGACCAGCUGCUCCCGGAGCCACCGCUCGACCUGACUGCGGGGCGAGCCGAGCGCCCCGAGGACGCCGACAAGCAAGAUGCAGAUGGCGAGGCUGCCGCACCUGGCUGGACCGUCCACCUGACGCCUUGCGGACGCCUCUUCUAUUGCAACCACCUGACCAGGUCGUCGUCCUGGCUUCCCCCUCCAGAAGCCUGGCCUUACGCAGGGGGUGACCUGCCCUUCGGCUGGGAGCAGGCAGUGGACGCCAAUGGCAAGCAUUACUACAUCAACCAUGUCAACAGGACGACGUCGUACCAGGACCCCCGUUCGUGCCGGGCGUGGCGCGACGCGGAGGAGGCCCCGCAGCCGCGGACGGUGCGGCUGCUGCGGCACCCCGAGCAGGGCUUCGGCUUCGUGGCGGGCAGCGAGAAGCCCGUCAUCGUGCGAUUCGUGACGGAGAGCGGUCCCAGCGAGGGCCACCUGCAGCCCGGCGACCAGAUCCUCUGCAUCAACGGCGAGGAUGUCAAGGACGCGCCCCGGGACCGCGUCAUCCAGUUGGUGCGCGCGUGCCCCGCCACUGUGGCACUCGUCGUGUGCCAGCCCCCCCUGGACAACUCGGCGAGGAAAUCAGCGCUGCUGUCGGCGGCCAAGAAAGCCAAGCUGCGGUCCAACCCGUCCAGGGUGCGGUUCGCGGAGGGCGUGGCCGUCAGCGGGGCGCCGCUCUUCCCGCCCUCGACGUUCGCCGGCGCGGACGCGGCGCUGCCCUUCAUGCCCAACGUGCUCAAGGUGUUCCUGGAGAACGGGCAGACCAAGAGCUUCAAGUACGACGCGAGCACCACGGUGCGCGACGUGGUGACCUCGCUGCAGCAAAAGCUGUGCAUCAAGGCCACCGACCACUUCGCGCUCACCGUGGAGCACGUCAAGAGCCUGCGCAGGAACAAGCUCACCCUGCUGGACCCCGACGAGCCGCUGUCCAAGAUCGCUGCUCGGCCCGGCGCCCACAACCUGCGAUGUCUCUUCAGGGUGGCGUUCGUUCCGAAGGAUGCCUGCCAACUCGCUCAGAGGGACCUGACUGCCUUCGAGUACCUGUACCUUCAAUGCUGCAACGACGUGGUCCAAGAGCGCUACGCCCCCGAGCUCAAGUACGACAUCGCCCUGCGGCUGGCCGCCCUGCACAUCCACCAGCACGCCGUGUCCAACAACAUGACGGGGAAGGUGACCGUCAAGAUGAUCGAACGCGAGUUCGGCCUGGAGCGGUUCGUGCCCGUGUCCCUGAUGGAGACGAUGAAGCGCAAGGAGCUGAGGAAGAUCAUCGGCCACUUCCUGAAAAUGAACCAAAACAUGACGACGGCGUCCGGCCUGGGCCACAAGAGCCUGACGUCACUGCAGGCCAAGCUCUACUACCUCAACAUCAUCUCCCAGCUGCCGUCCUACGGCGCCAAGUGCUUCAGCACCAACAUUAGAGACUCCAACAUGGAGACCGUGAUCCUAGUCAGCCCGAAGUUCGGCAUUAGUCAAAUCGUCGGCAUGAGGAACAGUCUGCCUGUGCCGCUGGCGGAGAUCGAGCAGAUGACGGAGGUGAGCGCGACGCGCGAGGACGAGAUCUCGCGCUGCGUGCGCAUCGGCAUCCCCAGCCUGCCCGAGAAGCAGCUGGUGCUGAGCAUGGAGGACCGCGACGCCGAGGAGCUGGUGCUGGUGCUGGUGGGCUACUACCGGCUGCUCACCGGGCAGCAGCUGCCCAUCCACCAGGAGCGCGAGCAGCAACCCGCAGCGCCGCCGUACCGCGGCCAGCACGCGGUACUCCCCGCGCCCUGGAGCUACGCCACCGAGGGCGAGAAGGCGGUGCAGUUCGCCAACUUCUCCAUGCCGCCAAGCUACCACACUGCGGCCUCCGCGCCCACCGUGCUGGACGCCAACCACUACAUCACUGCCAACGGACAUCCACCCAUCGCCGGCAGCAAAACGGUCACCUUCGCGCCGCACGCCAACGUGUACCCCGUCGACGACAACAUGAACACAAUGCUCGGCAAGCUGCCGCCGCCGCAGGACGACUCGGGCUUCGACCUGCAGAGCGUCGUCUCCAUGGAGAUCCUGGAGGGCGACUUGGACUUGGUGGAGGCGCGCAACGAGGAGGUGCUGCGGAGGGUGGCGGAGAUGCAGGAGCUGGUGCAGAGCUCGGAGCAGUACCUCACGCAGCAGGAGCGGCCGCCGCAGGGCCUCCGCGACCUCGGCCACGCGCACACGGCGCACGGCCACGCCCGGGAGGGAAGCGUAAGCGACUCAGAGUGUUCCUUCAUGUCGUCUGCAGUAGACUCGGACGCGCCGCCGCCCGGCCAGCUCAAGCACAGUGACUCGCUGCUACUGCUCACCCAGGGCAACAAGCUCGCCGACGAGGACCUGACGGCGGCCAUCGCCCACAUCGACCUCGGCGAGGAGCCCUCCGAGUCGGACACGGACUCGCUGAGCACGCCGGGGGAGAGCCCGUCGCACAAGGCGCAGACAGACGGCGAGGCCCGGCGGCACUCCCUGCUGCGCCCGAGCGACUCCAGCUUCGGCCUGCACAGUCCGGACACGGACAACCUUCGGCCGGGCAGUCAGCACUUCCAGGACCUGCUGAAGCGGAUGCAGGCCGAGUCGGUGCUUCCCGAGAACACGUUCUGCCUGGACCCCGACAUCAUCGACCUCACCCUCAUCCCGCCGCCGGUGACGCCGGACGACGAGGCCGUCGACGGCGUGGACGGCGCCCCGAUGCGGGUGCCCUUGCCGUCGUCGCCGCUCAAUGUGCCCCCCACGCCCUUCGCGGACCAGACGCCGCUCGAGGUGCAGCUGCACAGCCUGGAGAAGAUGCUGCACGGCAGCGGCGCGCAGGCCGAGCCCGACUCGGCGCCCGUCGAGGCGCUGCUCGACGCGGGCCUGUCCCUGGACCUGGAGGCCUUCCUCAAGUCCGUGAUGGUGCCGCCGCCUCCACGGGUCGCCUCGCAGCCCCAGCAGCCGCCAAGCAGCAGCAGCAGUAGCAGCAGCAGCAGCAACAGCAGCACGGCCAGCACCGCCACGGCCGUGGAGUUGACGCCGGAAGAGAUCUCGUCCUUCAUCAUCCCGCCGCCUCCGUCCACCCCCGUCGCCGCCGUGCUCUCGUGCCAGAGGGACGCCGACGACGAGACCCACCCGCUGACGCGGCUCAACGGGGAGCCCUGCCCGACGGCCACGCCGGAGGAGCUGCGGCGCAUCCCCAGGACGUACCACUGCGCGCCGCUGCCGCCGCCCAGGGUGUCGGUGGACAGCGCGGUGUCCUUGUCCCUCACGAGCGACACCACUGCCUCGGAGGAGCCCACGUACGGCAACACGACGGCCGACUCUUCUCUCAUCCGAGGGUUCAUCGACAGCAACGGCGGCCUGCACAGCGUCCCGCUCGCCAAACCGCAGGCCGAGGUGGCGCCCAAGAAGAGGGUCAUCGAGUACGCCACCCUCGAGAAGAAGCCCAGCCCCUUCAGCAGCUGCUGCGGCACCUACAGCUCUUGCUUUGCCUGCAGAGACAGUCCGGACAAGACGCCCUCCCCGCUGGGCGACUCCCCGCCCGACGUGACGCCGCUCCCCGCGCCGCCCACGCCGCCCAGGACGCCGUCGCACGCGCCGCCCGAGCGGCCGCCCAAGAACAGCAGCCUGCUGUCGCAGCUCGGCCAGGGCCAGGUCGGCCAAGGCCAGCAAGGCCACAGUCAAGGCCAGGCGGUGCCCGACCUGCCCCCGCGCGCCCAGAUGCCGGUCUCCGCGCUGACGCCGCCGCAAGUCUGGCUGCCGCCCAAGCGGCCCGUCAACCACCAGUCGCCCGUCCACGGCACGCUGCGCCGCGUGGCACAGGUCACGCCCCUGCCCGCGGCCGCGGGCCGCACGUACAACGCGGUGGCGGCGAGGGAGUUGGAAUCCAACCAGCUCAACCGGCCGUCAAACGGACCGUCAAACGGACCGUUAAACGGCGCGCAGAAUGGCGCGUUAAACGGCGCCCUGAACGGCGCGAACGGCGUUAACGGCUCGCCGAGUAACGGCGUGAACGGCAAGGGGCUGCACGCCGAGAGCAACGGGUCCGUGUACCGGAUCGCCAACGGGCGCGGGGCACCGACGGCCAGGGUGACCAACCUCAUCGGGGGGCUCGCGGCGCCCGGCGCCGUCAGGGUGCCCAGCACGCCGCCACUCAAGCCGCGCAACCCCCAGCACUUCAACACCCUCCCGGCCAAGCCCAGGGUGCAGCAGUUGUCGGUCUACGACAACACUCCGGAGGUGUGGACCGCCCCCGCGCCGGACAUGAAUGGUCACAGCAACACCAACGGCCAUGGCCCCAAGCAGCAGGCGCCGCAGCCGUACUCCAACAGCCACCAGCAGGCCAUCCACAUGAGCCCCAAGGCUGGCGGCGGCGGCACCGUGCCCAUGUGGACGAAGAGGACCUUGCUGGCCAAGACGGAGGUGGCGCUGGGCGGCCUCCUGGAGCAGCUAGACCAGGUCGCCGACGAGUGCAGCCAGCACCAGCAGUCCGGCGGCGGCCCGCUUAUGAACGAGGACAAGUUCCAGGUGGCCCGCGAGAGCUUGAGCUCGGAGGCGCGGCAGCUCGUCACGUCGUCCAAGCAGCUCGUGAAGAGCAUCACGGACUCGUCGCCGCAGUCGCAGGACGACUCGGACUUGCCGACGCACUUGUCGGCGUGCCUCACGCUGCUGCGCCGCCUCACGCACCUGUCCGCCGACCUGUCGCUGCACACGAGCUGCCCGCUGCAGACCAGGAACCUGGUGCUCAAGGUGCGCCACGUGGUGCAGGCCUUCCGCGCCACCAUCCACGACGACGACGCCCAGCUGCCGCAGCGCGCCGAGAACCUGGCCGCCGUGCUGGCGGGGGCCUAG